AGCUUAUUCAGACUUGUAAGAGAGAGAGAGAGAGAGAGAGAGAGAGAGAGAGAGAUGGUGAACUUGGUGGCAGCACAGAAGCCCUUGUUGCAUGGGAUGAUGAAGCUGGCUGGGCUAAGCCCUAAGACAGUGGAGAUCGAGCCUGGGACAACCAUGAACUUCUGGGUUCCAUCUGAAACCAUUAAGAAAGCAAAAGCUGAUCCAGCUCAUACGCUGGAGGAGGAGGAGGAAAAGAAGCUGAAAAAGAAGAAAGCAAACAAGAAGAAGCCAGUAGUGGUAAUGAUACAUGGCUUCGCCGCCGAGGGUAUUGUGACGUGGCAGUUCCAGGUUGGAGCUUUGACUAAGAAUUACGCUAUCUACAUUCCUGACCUCCUCUUCUUCGGGGGUUCCAUCACCGAUGAGACCGACCGGUCACCGGAGUUCCAGACGGAAUGUCUAGUGAAGGCACUGACGAAGCUGAGAGUAGACACGUGUACGGUGGUGGGGUUCAGUUACGGUGGGAUGGUGGCGUUUAAGAUGGCGGAGCUGCACCCGAACUUUGUGAAGUCUUUGGUGGUUUCCGGUACGAAUCCGGCACUGACUGAUUCCAUCAGUGAGGAGACAAUGAGUAGGUUGGGGUUCUCGUCGUCGUCGGAGAUGCUGCUGCCCACUUCAGUGAAGGGUCUUAAAAGCCUUCUCAAAGUCGCCAUUCACAAGAAGCUCUGGUUCCCGAAUCGUUUGUACAAGGACUACCUUGAGGUGAUGUUCACCAACAGAAAGGAGAGAGGUGAACUACUAGAAACUCUGGUCAACAACAGAAAGAACAUCACCAUCCCCAACCUUACUCAAAGGAUAUAUCUCCUAUGGGGUGAGGAGGACCAAAUUUUCAAUAUGGAGAUUGCCCAGAACCUGAAAGGGCAACUAGGAGACAAUGCAACACUGCUAAGCAUUAAGAAGGGGGGUCACCUUGUUCACCUGGAGCGACCCUGUGUCUACAACAGACUUCUCAAGUCAAUCCUGGCAUCCCUGCAUACAGAUACAGCUCAACAAUGAAGUUCACAUUUUCCACUUCUGGUCCAUGUUUCUGUUUCUUGCAGCAUCUGUUUCCUGUUUUCUGUUGUCACAUUUACAAGUAGAGAAUUUGGAAAAUCUGGCAGAACUUAAGAUUCUUGUGUAAUGUCUCUUCCAAGACAUCCAAUAAAAUUGGAAGAUUCUUAUGUAAUUGGUUGUGAUGAAUUUAAGUAUAACUUUGUGAAA